UCUUCGAGGGCUCUGACGUAUGGUGAACUGCGCAUGCGCUCUGACAGAACCUGUCGCUCUAUAAUCUCACAGCAGAAUGGAUCCUCCGGUCGUGGUUCUACGCUUGCAGACCUGACGGAAGCCUCGUAUCUUCCUCACUAAAACUCGACAUGGGAAAAGGCUGUAAAGUUGUGGUGUGCGGCCAGGCGGCUGUGGGAAAAACUGCUAUUCUGGAACAGCUGCUGUACGGAAACCACAGUGUAGGGUCAGAGUCUAACGAGACACAGGAGGACGUGUAUGUGGCCUCUGUGGAAACCGACCGAGGUGUCAAGGAACAGCUCAGGCUCUAUGACACCAAGGGACUGAAUGAUGGACAAGACCUCCCUAAGCACUACUACUCAGUGGCAGAUGGCUUUGUGCUUGUUUACAGUGUUGACAGCUUGGAGUCUUUCAAGAGGGUGGACGUUCUGAAGAAAGAAAUAGAUAAGUCCAGAGAUAAAAAAGAGGUGAUGGUCAUAGUGCUGGGGAACAAAACAGACCUGCGGGAGCGUCGUCAGGUAGAGCACGAAGCAGCACAGCAGUGGGCACGAGGCGAGAAGGUGAAGCUGUGGGAGGUGAGCGUCACUGAACGCACCUCGCUCAUCGAACCGUUCACCCAGCUCACCAGCCGCCUCACGCAGCCUCAGAGCAAGUCGGCCUUCCCUCUGCCUGGACGUAAGAGCAAGGGGUCCCCAUCCAAUGACAUCUGACACACUCCUUCCUGCGUUCACUCCCAGCAGCACGCUGUGGACGGGAUUUCGGUUUAACCGUUUGGGAUUUUUGCUUGAUGACAUAAUUGAUGGCCUGCUUCGAGUACAGCCCUGGAGGAAGGAUGUGGUCACACAGGCACUCCUCUGAUACAGGAAUGUAGUUUUUCUUUUUUAACUUUUUAAGGGUAACGGCACGCUGGAAAUAUUCAGUAGGUUAUACAUCCUUCCAGCGCUGCUGCGGUCACUCAUCUCUGUACAAACUCAGAAGAAUUUUAUGUAUUUUUAUUUAAAUAGUCGUUUCUUCUGACUGCAGUUUGUCGUGCUUAUCAUGACCAUACGUCUGCCAAGUUUUGGAUUGUGCCUGCUGUUGAUGAAACUACAGAUGGAUGCCGCCUCUGUGACAUCACCACUUCAUCAAGUCUCAUGAUGAAGCCGUAGAUGUGUCUUUGCUGUCAGGAUUUUGAAACUAAGGUGGUGACAGCGAGAAGUGGAGCUCACUGUAACACCACACCUCAUUGGCUAACAUGAUUGGCAAGUAGUUAGCUAAUGAGCUAGAAUAAUCAGAUUUUUAAACAGGUUAUGUGUCCACUAUGAAGUGAAACUAAGUAAUCCAGGUGUUUAUGGUCACAGACGGCUCUUUUCCAGGAAUGAGUGUCACACUUGUUCAUCCUUUGAGUUAGGCACCUUUGUAUGCUUGAAUGAUUCACAGAUCAGUGUUAAACAGCAGAUCUGAAGAAAACUUUGAAAGAACUUCAGGAAAUGAAAUGUUCUGUUGGAUGGAUCGAUCCUUUAUCGUCUGUACCUGUUGACGUGGACAGUGACUUUAACUGAACCAAAUAUUAGAGAGGUGUCAGGGCCCAAACCUGGUAGAGAAGCAGGCGUUGAAAAGCUGCGUGCGCACAGGUGAUCACACGGGGAGGUUCAAACCAUCUUAACAAUGGAGAACCAAAGAUUUGGGAGGGUUUGACCCCCAGCGUUACACAUUAAGCAGACGUGUUGUUAUUAGAUUACUAAUAUGAGUUCUCCCUUCAAAAACAGGAGGCCAGUACAAACCUGUCGUUUCCCAUUCAGUGUGAACGCCGCAUCCUUCCUGUCCUCUGAUACGACUGCGGCGGUCAAGUAUGGCCUGGUAGCAAUAAUAGUCAUGGUACUGCCUUUACUCGUGAUGUUUCAUGUUUCCUGUACACGCAGGAGUGCAGUCGGUUUAAUCCGACAGGGAUGUGUUUGCCUUUCUAACUGUAGACGUUGUUGAGAGGAAAUAUUUUUAACUAAUUUAUUUUUGUCACUUUAUUGAGCCUCAUUCCUUUACUUGUGAAAAUGGUGAUGAAUGAUGAUCUGACGUGUCCUGAAAGUGUUUUAACAGUAAUAACAUUUAAUGUGCUGCUAGUAGAACAGAGGUGAAAUAUCUUGGCUAAUGUACUCUGCUCUGUAACAGUCUGAGGAUGCACUGAAUAAAAUGUAGCCCCUUCAUGUUA